AUGGCGAUCACCACGGACUAUCCCGGAAUCAAAGUAGAGGUCCGUGUCCAAGAAGUCGCUCUACAGGAAUACGAUGACGACGAGGAACAGUCUUCAGGAACUACAAUCACGAAGUACAUCGAGGCCACUUCCGGAGCGACCUUCGAUCUGCGCUUCGAGAUAACUCCAAAGUGGCCAGGCAGUUCCGUCAUGUUCUACACUUACUUAGACGGGCGAUACGUUCGGGGUCAUUUCGCACAGCAGCAGACUUAUCGUGGCGCUAGCUCCGUGCAAAUCAUCGAAGGCUCAACUUAUACAAAGGACGGCCAGUGGUUCAAGGCAAGAUUCGCCUUUUCCGCUCUCAACAUCGAUGACUCUGAUAUCCGUAAUGUUGGAGACAAGCUUAUGAAGGACAUGAAAGAAAUGGGCGAGAUCAAGGUCACAGCUUUCUUUGUCAAGAACGUCCGUGAUUCCAGCACAAAUGAAUUGUCAGCGAUACGUACCUCGGAUCUUGGCAAUAUACCAGAGAAGGCCUUGAAGGGUAGAGCAUUAUCACAUCAGGCUACUCUACGUGCUCCAGAAGCAGGCCCUCAAAGUUCGGUACUAUCCUUUGACUAUAUAGAUGCACACUGUCAGCCUUUCAUCACUUUCAAGUUCAAAUAUCGCUCUAGAGCCGCCCUUCAGUCUCUUCUCAUCAUCCCCCGCGAUCCCAGUCCGGUACCGCUCGAGUACCGUGAUGUCGAUACUCUCACUCUAGAGGAGACCCGCGAACUCCUUCGACGCCAGCGGGGACGAGGAGGCGCCGCUCCAAAUGUCAAGCGAGAAGGAUUCAAGCGUGAACGAAGCAGCACCGCUAUCAGGGAGGACCAAGAUGAUGACGAUGUCUCUUUUGUAUCCGCCAAGCGUAGGAGGCUUCCCCUUACUCUAAAUGAGGACGGUAUCGAGAUCAUUGAUUUGACGUAG